CUUUUCAGGUUUUGAUUUUCGAUUACUCUAAGAACACUUCCUAAUUUGUUCAAUCAGUUUUGUGUUUUGUCUGUGGUUGUAAAUCUAAUUCUGUAACUUGUUUUUUGCAUGUAAGCUUGGACAAUGGGUGCAUCAACAUCCAGAAUAGAUGAAGAUAAAGCCUUACAGUUAUGUCGGGAAAGAAAAAAAUUCGUCCAACAAGCACUCGAUGGAAGAUGUUUGUUAGCUGCUGCUCAUGUUUCAUACGUUCAGUCUCUUAAGAGUACCGGAACUGCCCUCAGGAAAUUUGCUGAAACUGAAGUUCCAGUUGAAUCUUCCUUGUACACGUCCACUAGUGCAACACCAGAACAACCUCUUGCUUUAAUCGAGAAAUCGGUUUCUCAUUUGUCAUACUCUCCUCCACCUGCUUCACAUUCCCACCAUGAUACGUAUUCUCCUCCUCCGUCGCCUCCUAGUACCAGUCCGUUCCAGGUCAAUCAUAUGAAAUUCAGAGGGUUUUCUUCAAAAAAAGUGGAAGAGAAACCGCCAGUUUCUAUUGUUGCCACUGUAACCUCAUCUAGUAUCCCACGAAGCAGGUCUGUAGAAAAGAUGGAAUCAACCCCAUUUGAGGAAUCUUCUUCCAUGCCACCUGAAGCACCUUGGGAUUAUUUUGGUCUUUCUCAUCCAAUUGACAACCAGUUUUCUUCUUCUCAUGUUGGGAAUGGUCAUGUGUCGAGAUCUGUGAAGGGAGAAGAUGAAACUCCGGAGGUGGAAGAUGAUGGUGAGGACUUUUCUUUUCAAGAAAGGGAAGAGUCCAGAGAUUCGGAUGAUGAUGAGUUUGAUGAGCCCACAAGUGAUACACUUGUUAGAAGCUUUGAAAACUUCAAUAGAGUGCGCCGUGAUCACAGUGCUUUGCCUCAAAGAGAGGGAGUUGAAAGUGAGUUCUCAGACGCUGAGAAAAGUAAAACUCCUGAGUUAUCACCACCAGUGACGCCUUUAGCAGCCACUCCAGUGAACAAAACACCAAACAAGGGAGAUCACACCGAGAACAAGCUUCCUCCCAGGGACUUCUUGUCAAGCAUGAAAGAGAUAGAGUUGCUUUUUGUUAAAGCUUCAGAGACUGGAAAAGAGGUUCCUAGGAUGCUUGAAGCCAAUAAAUUGCAUUUCCGUCCAAUAGUUGCAUCAAAAGAAAGUGGCUCCGGUGCAUCAUCACUGUUCAAAACCUGUCUCUCUUGUGGGGAAGAUCCAAAAGAUGUACCAGAAGAGCCUGCUCAGAACUCGGUAAAAUACUUAACCUGGCAUAGGACUGAAUCUUCACGAUCCUCAUCUUCUCGGAAUCCUCUCGGAGGAAUGAAUUCUGAUGAUGUGGAAGAGCUCAAUAGCAAUCUCUUUGAAAACAUUUGCAUGAUUGCUGGAAGCCAUGCCUCAACCCUAGACAGACUGUAUGCAUGGGAGCGGAAGCUCUAUGAUGAAGUUAAGGGGAGUCAGACUGUGCGGAGAGAGUAUGACGAAAAGUGCAGAAUUUUGAGAGAACUUGAAUCAGAAGGUAAAAGUUCACAAAGAAUAGACAAGACACGUGCAGUUGUGAAAGACCUUCACUCCAGAAUCAGAGUGGCGAUUCAUAGGAUUGACUCAAUAUCAAGACGGAUUGAAGAACUCCGCGACAACGAGCUCCAGCCUCAACUUGAGGAACUCAUUGAAGGGUUGAGUCGUAUGUGGGAAGUCAUGUUGGAAUGCCACAAGGUUCAGUUUCAGUUAAUCAAAGCCUGUUACAGAGGCGGAAACAUUAAACUCAACAUGCAAUCAGAGUUGCACAGACAAGUAACAUCUCACCUUGAAGAUGAACUCAGCGCAUUGGCCUCAAGCUUCACAAAAUGGAUCACAGGCCAGAAAUCAUAUAUUCAAGCGAUAAACGAGUGGCUGGUGAAAUGUGUCGCCUUACCACAACGAUCCUCCAAACGAAAAAGGCGUGCGCCACAACCGUCUUUAAGAAAUUAUGGUCCUCCCAUUUAUGCAACCUGUGGAAUCUGGCUAGAAAAGCUCGAAGUUUUACCUACCAAAGAGGUUUCAGGCUCCAUUAAAGCACUUGCUUCUGAUGUUGCCAGAUUCUUGCCACGUCAGGAGAAGAGUCGCACCAAGAAACAUCGGUCUGGUGAGAACAAAAACGAUUUGACCGCUCACAUGCUGCAAGAUGUGACAUUGGAGGAUUGUGGUCCAGGAUUUGAUCGGUUUAGGACAAGCUUGGAAGGAUUUGUUGGACAACUCAACCAGUUUGCGGAAUCAUCAGUGAAAAUGUAUGAGGACCUUAAGGAAGGAAUCCACGGAGCUAAGAACAACUACGAGCAGUUGAAGAAGGCUUAUUCACAAGGAAAAUGAUUUUUUUAGUUUCUUGGAAAUAUAGAGUUUUGUCAGGU